AUGCAUCAACCAAUUAUAUUUUACAAAACCUCAUUAACAUAAGCACUGAAGUAAAAUAAUUAAAACGUUGAUACAGAUCAAUAAACUCUCUAAGGACUAUUAUACUUUUAAUAAAUUGUUUUAAGAAGAUUAAAUCUUCUAAUAGGUACUGAAAUUGCAUGUUACUAUUCAGUCCUUGGAAUUGUCAUUAUUUAAUCAUCUCAAAUAAUCUAUGCUAUUCCCUAUGCUCUCUUUUACUUAUAAAAAAAUAGGAAAAAAACUGAAGAGAACAAAAAAUAAAUAAAUUUUAAAAAAUCCUCUCUGAUCUAAAAAAAAUAUGAAAAAAUAAAAAUUAAUUAAAUAAAAAAAUAAACAAAUAAAAUCAAACAAAUAAAUAAAUAUUAAUUAAUCAAAUGA